GUCGGUGCAGAGAUGAGGAGGAUGCUGACGGCGGAAUGAGACAGACAUACCUGCAGCAGCAUGGACCCAGCAGCAGACCCACACCGCCCGCAGGAUCCGCCCUCUCUGCCGCCGAGGUCAGGUAUCCUUUCGGUGUCCAGAAUGACUUGGGCCAGGUGAUCUUGUCAGGCGGGGCAAAGGAUGAGUUGAGGGUAACUCCCAGGGAGGCAGGUGCCCCCUGCGCCGCCGCAGUCUCCGUCUCCUCGCCGCCCCUCCCAGUGGGUCUACAUUCCCACUGCAUUGGCGCCUCCAGACUCUCACUGCUGUCCGGUAGCCUCCACUGUAGUUUGGCGUCUUCGUCGGGCGACCUCAGCAUUGAGGCUGCGCAGUUGGAACGGGCAAUACGCAACAACGACACGUUGAGGGUGAAGAGGUUUCUGGACCUGCACCAUGACAAGUUCCAGGUUAAUCUGCAUGGGAGUAUUCUAGACAAGACGUCAUCUUGUGAGUCGCAGAGUCAAGACGUUGAGAUAUUGCUGAGGAAGUCAAAAACGCUCAUCGACAGGUUGGACCCUGUGUACCCCAGCGAAGGGUGCUCCGUGUCGUCUGUGGAGAACGAGCCCCUCAUACCCCUCAUCUUCACCAAUGCUCUCCACGUCGCUGUGGAGCACGAUGCGGUGGACGUGGUUCGACUCCUGCUCAAGUACGGGCUGGAACCCAAUCAGGGCGGGCGUCUGGCCAUUCCAGACUUCAGCAGUCUCGCUUCUGGCUCUGGGCAUGGCGGGGGCAGCUUCUUUGGCGAGCCCCUGACAUCCGUCUCACCCGAAGCCAAAACUCCGGAUUCCGCUCGUUUUCCGGUCUCGUCCCCGACAAUAGCCCUUUCACCGCCAUCGCCUGGAACUAUAGCAAUAGGAGUGCCUCAACCACGACGGGUCAGUUGGGUGUCUCCACCCCCACCCUCGACUUCACGCCCCGGCUCCUGCAGGAAGCGACGUCCGGCCUUCAAAUACAUACCACGGCAAAGGUCUUUCUCACUGGAGUCGGAGUCUGAAUUCUUGCGACCCGGUGUCGCGCCGUCAAGCCAGUGGCACAGCGAACGUCGUAGUGUGUCCUUAAAAUCGAGCCCGUUGAUGUCACCGCGACCUCACGAAGCUUCACCCCCACAAAGAACCCUUGCACCAGUUGCUCAGCAGCCCACAUCAACAGCACCGGCAAAGCAUAUUCCGGAACGCAGCAUAUUUGCAGAGCUCCGCCGCAGCAGUGAAAUAUUUAAAAGCAUAUUACUGAACCUCUCCAUGAGAGAGAUGGAGUCAGCUGCUACUGCGGACCAGAGCGCAGGCGCGACUCCUGCAGACAACCAAGUUGACUUGGCGAGAUUACUCGCAGCUCAUGAGCAGAGGCGUCUCAACCAGCAGGAAGAGGAAUCAUCAAGCAAUGAUGAUGACACGUCUUCAUGCCCGUCGUCUUGCUCGGAGAGCCCGCUCAGUACGUCAGAGGAUGAUGAUGAUGACGAGGGCCCUUUAGGAAUGGGGAGCCCGAGGCAGGAUGACCCCAAUGGUCAGCUCCUGAGAAUAAAUCCCAAUUUAUCUCCUGAUAAAGUGACAGAGAUGACUGACGUGUACACCAGGCACUACCUGUUCACGCUGCCAGCGCUCUUCCUCGCUGUUGUCCGUGGCAAUGCCACACUUGUCUAUUUGCUGCUCAAAUACGGCGCAGCGGUCAAUUUUCAGGACGGCCACGGCAACACGGCCCUUCAUCUGGCAGUUUGUCAGGCGACUGUGCCCUGGGAAUGUGUACUGGACCUGGUGGAACGAGGCGCGCAGAUCUCUCUGAAGAACCGAGCGGGAGUGACAGCCGCUGACUUGGCACCUUCGUGCCUCCUCGCGAGGCUUCAGGACCAAAUGCUGAGCGACUGCUGGUCAGGGCUCGGCGCUGGAAGCAGCAGUACGGGCACGAUGGUACCUCAGAGCAGUAGCGGUCUGGAACCUGCCGGCGCAGCGCCCGCCGUAGCGGCCGCAGGAACCUCUGCAGCCAGAAGCAGCAAUCCGGCCAGGAUUCUCCGCAAGUUGAGGACUGCAAGCGGCACCGCAGCCAUGAGGACCGAGUCCGCGGAGGAAGCGAGUUCCGCAUCUGUGGAGAUGUUGGCCAUGUCAUCGACUGGCUCGGUGCGAAGUCGCGGCAGCAGGUACAGUCUGGAAACUGGUGCCGCUGCGGGCGGCAACAACAAUAACUACAAGGAGAACUCCGACGUGCUGUACAAGCAGGAGUCCCGCAGGAGAGCCAAGAGGAAAGCUUGGAGGGAGUCACGUCACAAACAGACUUCUGUGCAGACAGAGAAGAGCCCGUCUUUGGAAGCAGAGCGGAGUUUCCAGGUGCUGCACCACAUGGCGGGCAACCCGGAGUGUCUCGGCUACCUGCUGAGGGGCUUGCUGAACCAUAUCUCCUCUCUGCUGCAGUUGCUACAGAACCUUAACGAGACGACCCUCCAUCGCAGCAUGGCCGCCCUCCUGCACAACGUCCUUAAGACUGCCAUUGAAACUUACGGAAUUCCUCAGCUGCCAUUGGAAACCAAGGAAGAUGCGACGUCGCGACGCAAAGAAUUAAGCGCCGCGCUGUGCCUAUUGCUCAAAGUGUGCCUGAGUCUGAUCCACGGGGUUCACGACCUGCAGUACACAGCCAUGGUCACUAUCAACAAGGUGAUUGACGCAUGCGUGGUACAUCGUCUUGCGCAUAUCAGAGUGAAGGCGUCGGAGGCUCUGCAGCACCCUUGCAGUGAAAGUGGCGGUUUCGGCCCGGACUCUAGCCACGGUCAGAAACAACAACAGCAGGGGCCCUGGGGCAGUGAGCCCUCGGAGACCGCAUCAUCUUCGAGGCCCAGCGGCGGCAGGACCCAGCGACUUGGUGCUAAGAGACUAGGGUCAGUGUGGCGCCAUGCUGCCGGCGAACACCUCGAGCAGGUCCGAAAGGCUCUCACCGACGACUUCGACAAGGAGGAGAGCGUCAUAGACGUGCUGUCCAGUGCCCAUGCCCUGUCUGUGGUGAAUAUUCUGCACAACGCCUUGACCCUCUACAAACGAGUCGUGGGCAGCAAACAACAGUGUUCUCCCAGCCAGAGAUGGCGACACUGCAGCUACCAUUGCCUGCAGAUUCUAGCUGCGCGCGCAUUACUCUUCAUGGUGGAAGGACCAGCGGUACAGAUGCAGCUGGCUCAGGACCAGCAGUUGCGCAUUCUGGCUGCUGCCCUAGACUCGACCCAUGACCCGCAACUGCUGGUGCUGGUCCUCCAGAUCGUUGCGACACUGGCCCUGGAACCGCAGCAUCACAGGGCUCUCAUUGACCAAGGUCUGCCCGACGUGCUCAGUCAGCUACUUCUGCCCUCUGACGAGUGGUACUACACAAAUCACAGCACCAAGUAUGCGAGGUUCGUGAAGCACCAUGCAGCGCGCACACUUGUGUACCUCGGUCUCCAACACCGCGUCAACCUCCGCAUCAGCGUCUAUGACAUCCUCUUGGAUGAAGUACCUCCCCCUACGCCACUUAUGGAAUCUGUGGAGGACACCUACAUAACCCUGACAUCAGCACCACCCAGCAUGGUGGUAUGCAACGAAACUAACAGGAUCCUGGGGCUCUCUGUUGAAGGUGCAAUUAUGCAUGCACUUAAAAUUCUUGAGAUGUCUAUCAGUCAAGGUACUACGUCAACAGAGCUAUCUACACUACACUGGGUACUCAGUGGGAGCUCCUACACGCACAUGUCUGCUCGAGGGCAGGUGCCGGCUAGACGCCAGCCCUCCGAUCCGGACUCGCCACUCUUCACUCAGAGCUUCCUCACCUGCUUUCCGUGCGUGCUGAGCCCAGUGGUUGUCCUCAGGCUACUCCUGCAUCGCCUUCUCACCACUGCCGCCCACCUCCAGCGCUGGAAGAGCUGUGCCUCUCGUUCCAGCUUCGCCUCUGCAUCUGCUCAUGAUGCGCCCCGUAGUCCGCGAAGCAGAGCUUCGUCCACGGACACCGAACCCAGCUCUCUCAGGAAGAGGAGGAAGGUGAACCUCACAGUAGACUGCUCAGGGAACGAAUCGAACGACGAGCCGCCAGUCCCUGGACGGGCCCGCACACUGCAACGGCUCUCACACCAGCAGAUCGACCGUUCCUUAUCUCUGGUGCCCCGCGACAGUGUGAGCAGCGUGUCUGGGCUGGGUCUGGAGCCCGCUGUGCAGGCCACUCUGUUUGCAUUUUCACAUCUCCUGCGAGGCGCCCCGUCCCACGAAAGCCUCCAGAGUGCCCCCAGCAGUGAUGGCCGCAACACUCCGGUACCAGGAUCUCCAUCGGCAGUGAUCAACUUGCCCAUAAUCAACCUCCACCAACACCACAAGCCCCGGACUUCCUUCCGGUUCUCAAGCCUCAGACACAGCAACAAGCGGCGAUCCAAGUCGCACGCGAAUAUCGCCAAAGUGGCCCACAACGAGCAGCGCGACACGCCGGAGCAGGAGAUCCUGGCAUUUCAGAAGCAACUCCAGAACCUUCCAGACUUCGACUCUCCGGACCAUCCCACGGACGGGCCCGGCUUCUCGGACCCCGCCACUGCUGCUUCCGAGUUCCUCGCCAACAGACCUUACCUCCGGCCUCGCUCCCGUUCCAUGCCCCGUGUCACCUACGAGUCUUCGCGGUACCUCACCUUACCGGAAAUUACGUGGUCUUCUUCCGGCGGUUCGGGUCGCUUGCACCGCGGCAGGUCCGCGGGAGCGCUUGGUCUGCAACAGGAGCACCACGGCGCCAUGGCUUCGAGUAGCCCAACCACCACACCGAUGGAUGAGAAGGCGCCCCCUGCAAUAGGGUUUGGGGGCCCCCCUCCACCGGGCACAACGCCCUGCGCAUCGAACAGUCGGAGGAGCAGUCUGUCCCCCUCGGACCGUACCGGCAGAAGAAGGGAUAGCCCCGCUUGCAUCGUGGUAGAAGUGCCACCUUGGCACCGGGCCAUCCUCAACUUCAUAGAGGAAUGGUUGCGGAUAUCUCGCGUGGACCUGGACAGAAACGCCCCUUUGUGUCGGGAACUCCGUGACUUCCUCACCAAAGUGUCUUCCUGUGGCGCCCCCUAUCAACAGUGGUGCGCCGAACUACGCCUGGAAUUCCCUGCGUUGACACGUGAUCCUGACCUGGAAAGUGGCGACGACCUGGAGGAGACGGAUCGGGAAUACUGUCAGCUGCUGCAGCUGGUGGUGGGUGGGGACUUGCCGUGCAGCAAAGAGGAGGCUGCCUCCCUGGCAGGCAUCCAACUCCGUAUUGAGGAGUCAUGGGGCCGACCGCUCCCCGGAGGAACAUCUUCCACCACGCAACACCCCCCGGUUCCCGUCUCGCCUGACGAUCCAUCUACCCUGCGGCCCAUCUCGGAGGACAAGGAGAGUUUCCUUCUGCCAGUGCCCAGCUUCAGCGCAGGCAACAUGGCGCGCCCCGUAAGUCCUCUCGCUGAAGAGGCAGAAAUUGGCAGUGAAGAAGGCGACGUCGAUGCUGGAGGAAGCGGCAGUGGGAGUGGAAGCGGAAGUGGGGGCGGCAGCGCUUGGAGGCGAGCAGGAACAACAUCGACUUCUUCCUCGGGCCUCCGGGGGCUUCAAAGUGGGCAGCUUAAGAACACUAGCAGCCUUCUGAGGAAGUGUUAUCCCUCCAGCUCAACACAGGUGCCGUUUCUGCCAGCCGGCCGCCUCGAAGACUGUCUUCCUCCCUGCUACCAUGGCGCGAAGACCAUGGCCAAGCUAAUUAAGGAGCAGAAGCGCAAGCUUUUCCAUACUUCAGUGUAUGAGUCAGAAGUGCAGCUGAAGAAGUUGUACGUGCAGACUUGCAGGAGACUUCCGGCUCACGGCUGCAAGGUCUAUCAAGUGAAGGAGCUUCUCCGUGGCAAGACAAAGAAGAAGGCUGCCAGAUUACUGGGACUGGGGCCCGAGAAAAUCGUUCUUCUAGAUAAUAAGACCAAGAUCUUAGCGAAGUCUCAGAACACAGCUGAUCUUCUUCAGUGGCGCACUUGUGGCGGGCGUUCCCAUGACAGAUUGCAACUGGAGUUCAGGGCUACGCGCUGGUCGCUGGUUGUGCCCACUGUGGCCGCAAUGCGCGAGGUGGGUUUGGCCCUAUGGGAGAUCCUCCAGGAGCUCGACUCCCACUUUCUGGAGGAGCACGCCCUCCUUCGACGAUUCGGCCAACAAGAGCUGGUGAAGCGGUCGCUGCUGACCCUGCAGGUGGCGCACUCAGAGGAGCUUGAGGCCCUGCAGAAACUGCUUCACUUCCCAGAGGAGGUGGCGCUGCGACUGGCCGACACAGAAUAUCAUCUGUUCUACCAGGUCCCACCUAUAGAUUAUUUACGUCAAGUGACACUAGACCUUGGUGGUGGUACUGGUGAUGUUCCCACUCCUGCACCAGGACCUGGUCCAUCUGAUCAUCAACACCAACCGGCCACCGAGAGCGCCACCUCUGCCUCUGCAUCAACUGCAAGGCCUUCAGUCCGCAGCCUCAUCAAACGCUUCAAUGAGGUCAGCUCAUGGGUAACCCACCUCAUCAUCACACAACCCACCCAUGAGGACCGCAAAGCCGUCCUGUCUUGUAUCCUUCGAGUGGCACUAUCAUGUUGGAACAUUGGAAACUUUAAUGGUGCCAUGGAGAUUGUUGCUGGACUGAAGUCAAACAAGCUGAAACCAUUCUGGCUGUCAAUCACAGAGAAGGAAGCGUUGCCUUUGCUGGACUUCCUCUCAGCAGCUCUGCUCUCUGCUGAGUAUGAACGGGCCUUGGGUCGGGCAUUGGCCAUGCCUGAGUGUCAUGUGGUGCCUUUCUUUGGAGCAUUCCUACGAGAAUUACGAGAGAUCUUGGCUGCUACUCCUAGUCUCAUAGUGCUGGCCCCAACGGGGGAGCACACUCGUCUGGAGGUGAGGACUAGCAAUGUGCCUCCUUAUGGCACUGCAAUGAACCGUCCUCAGCGCCAACGCACCCAGCACCACCACAGUCAUGGCCACCGUCCUGUGUUUAUCUCAGACUAUAAUGGUGAGGACCAUUAUUUCACACGAAUUGGACCUGGAGGACUUAUCAACUUGGACAAGAUCUAUCGUACACAGGCUGUUAUGGAUCGUAUUGCUUCAUUCCACCAGCAUUAUCAUGCACGGGGGCGGGAAUCAGCACACAAUGUGCUCCGGGACCAAGUCAGUAUUCACACAUCCAGCAUUGAGCGUUCGUAUCUUGUGGAUGAAUCAGAGGAUCAUGACUAUGACCUUGAUCUCGAUACAUACCGGCCUGUACAACCUCUUAGCAAUGAUCACGGUGUCAGUUUCUUUCCCAUCUCUGCUCCUCACAGUGGAAUUGAUCACCACAUAUUACAGGUGCUGCAUCAUGGGAGCACAGCAGUGCACUGGGAUGCUGAGGGAGGUUCACGGACGGCACUAGUGUAUGUCAGAUUGGAGCGGAGUUGUGCUACUUUGACAUGGAGCCGUCCAGGAUGGAGUGGACUGCGAACUGGCACAGGUGGCAGUGGUUCUUCCCCCGAUUACAGUCUGUCAGCAAACCCAGAGGAAACAGUAGCUCCAGGUCUGGUAACAAAGCUGUCUGCACCAGGUGGUGAGUCCGCAGGAGUGGGCCCAGAAGAAGGCUAUUUGGACCUUGCCAUCGUCAAGGAGAUAGUACCUGGAGUUCGAGAUAGGGAUAAAGAUCUUGAUCUUGCCACAGCUUGCCGCCGUUAUGGGCUUGACCGGUUUACUGGUUCUGAGUGUUGCCUGUCACUCGUGUAUGGAGUGAAUCUCAGUGACAACCGUGUCCUUUUUCUCCUCUGUCCACCUACACUGUGCAGAAUGUGGUAUACAGGCCUAUGUUGGGUUGUACGGGGACUGAAGCGGCAGCUUCAGCUGACAGAUCGACGGAUGUUAUGGCUGAAGGAGCAGUACUUGCAAUUGUACUUUGAAGAAUGUUGCUGUGGGCCUAUGACAGCUGAUGCUAUUAGGGUAUUUGGUGGACGGGAUUGGGCUGUGACUGGUAAUGUUGGAGGAAUGUCCCCUCCAGAUAAUGGGACCUUACGUCGUGGAGCCUCUACAAAGUUCAAGAAAAAGAAAUCUAUUGGCAACAUACAGACUCUAAAGGAUCUUGGUGUGAAACAACAUGACACUGGAACUGAGAUAGGGGUUGGUAUCAGCAUGGGCUCAGGAUACCUGAGGCGACCUACCGGAUCAUCUGGUGGACCAAGUCCUGGUUCUGGGCCAGGUUCCAACACCCUCAUUACAACUCCUCGUUCACGCUCCAUUUCUAGUGAUAUGGAAAUCAGACAAGGCCUGCUGGCUAGCAGUGCAAGUCCACAAGGCUCGAGUGACAACCUUGACAAGCUUUCUUCCUGCAGUCCAACCCACCACAGUACUUAUGGACUGCAGAGGGAGAAAGGAAAGAUGAUUGGUGGACCUGAGCAGGUGUGGCAGAUGCGGCAUUUUCGAGCUGGUUCCAUUACACAUGAGACUCAGCUUGAUUUUGUGGACUUUGUUGCAUUAUUUCGGUCAUUCAGUUUACGAGCAAGGAAGGACCUGAGAGACUUGUUUGAUCAACUUGCAAUUACAUGUCGCAGCAUGUCUGACACGUCACUGAAUGAUGGAAGUGUUAAAAGCUCACCAGAACAUGCAGCAAGACCAUCUCAGAGAAUUGGCCUGCUGACAAGGAACAGUUCGUUGGACCUAUUUGAGUAUAAGAGCUCUGCAAACUUGCAGAAGAAAAAGAUCUUUGAUGCAAUUGCAGCUGCAAGCAUUGUUUCCAACUGUGCCGGAGUGGACACAUCGAAAUCCCAGGUGAUCACACUUGCUACCUUUGUCAAGUUCCUGGAAACCAGACAGAUGGAGCAACAUACAGAAGAUGAAGUGAAAGCCUUGAUACAGCGGCAUGAACCUGAUCCCCUGCUUCGAGCCCAGAGCUGUUUAUCAUUUGAAGGCUUUGCUCGUUUCCUGAUGGACAAGGAUAACUAUGCAUUUGUUAGUGAACGACUGGGGCCUGACGAAAGUGAGAUGGACCAGCCACUGUCUCACUACUACAUAGCUUCAUCUCACAACACCUACCUCACAGGGCACCAACUCAAAGGCGAGUCUUCUGUGGAAUUGUACAGUCAGGUUCUUCUUACUGGCUGCCGCUGUGUGGAGCUGGACUGUUGGGAUGGAGAUGAUGGAUCUCCUCUCAUCUAUCAUGGCCACACCUUCACAACCAAGAUUCCAUUUCUAUCUGUAGUAGAAGCUAUCAACCGCAGUGCGUUUGUAACAUCUCCUUAUCCAGUGAUCCUGUCCAUUGAGAAUCACUGUUCUCUGCAGCAGCAGGCUAGAAUGGCUCAUAUUUUCCAGUCUGUAUUUGGUGAAAAGCUUGUGACAAAAUUCCUGUUUGAGGCUGACUUCAAUGAUGAGGUUCAGCUGCCCUCUCCAUUUCAACUUCGGUAUCGCAUUCUCAUCAAGAACAAAAAGUUGACAGCUGAAAUACCAGCUGGGCCUGCCACGGCAGCUGCAGCUGCUGCAGCUGCCACGGCAUCUGUGAGACAUGGAAGCAGUUCCCACACUACCCUCCGUGGCGCUGGCAGCACCAGCAGCAAGCAUACUUCUUCUGGAAGGGCAAGUUCCAUCAUAUCAAACACAAGUGGAGGAUCUGCAAAUGAUGACUUCAGUGAUGACGAUGAUGAUGAUGAUGACGAUGAUGAUGAAAAUCUAGAAGAGAAAGUAUUGAGCAUGGGGAUGUACACAACAGAGAACAAGAAUCUCAUCAAAUCUGCAUCAAUGGGGCCGCCUCGAACAGACUCCAUGUCAAGCCAUGAAAGCAUGAUUCGAGCAGAGAGGGCCAGCAUGGGAAUGAUAGGUCAACUACCGCGUGGGCAGCCAUAUAAGAUUCACACUGCAGAUGCAGACUGGACAGAUGCAGAAGAUUCUCAACCACCGAAACCCAAAAAACAAAGUAGCCAAAUUUCUAAGGAACUCUCUGACAUGGUCAUAUAUAUCCAGGCAAUUAAAUUUCGUGGGCUGAACACUAUCAGCCCCAACAGCUCAGUGAAAUGCAAGAGAACUAGUGGUCCAGUUGCUGCUUCUGGCAUUAUGAAGAAGAGCAGUGUAGGAGCUGUAUCCAUACCACCCCCAACAAUUAUCACCAGCACACCAGCCACGCCAACAUCGGCUGCCACGCAGGCUUCCAGUGGUGGUUCGGCCUCACUCUCCACAACUUCUGGCAUGGGUAGCAGCAUUGUAACAGGCUCCACAGUUUCUGAACAGCAACAUAGCUAUGCAAAACAACGUACCAAUGUGCAUCAUCCAUGCUACCAGUGUUCCUCGCUCAAUGAAAAUACAGCAAAGAAACUUUGCCGCAAACAACCUCAUGCCUUAGUGGCUCAUACAGAGACACAGUUAAUGCGAACAUAUCCUGCUGGAAUGAGAAUAGACUCAUCAAACUUCAAUCCAGUCAUCUUUUGGGCGUUUGGUAUUCAAAUGGUUGCACUAAACUACCAGACUGAAGAUGCAGCACUGCACCUAAAUGCUGCGAUGUUUGAACAGAAUGGUCGCUGUGGAUAUGUUUUGAAACCCUCAGUGAUGUGGGAUCGUGGACACAUGAUGUACAGACGUUUCAAUCCAUGGGACAAAGAAUUUGAUGGUCUACAUUCGUCACAUCUAAUUCUAAAUGUGUUAUCAGGACAGUAUGUGUGCCAGAGUAACCUGACGGCUAGCACCUAUGUGGAAGUGGAAGUAGUAGGGAUUCCAGUGGACUGCAACAAGCAGAAAACUAAGGUGAUACAGCGGAAUGCACUGAACCCAAUCUGGAAUGAUACAUUCUUCUUCCAGGUGAUGUUUCGUGAUCUAGCAUUCCUUCGUUUCAGUGUGUUAGAUGCAGGAACGAACCACCUGUUAGCACAGCGUGUGUUACCACUCAAGUGCCUACGGCCAGGUUAUCGUCAUGUGAGGCUCCGGUCUCCACAGAACCAGCCACUGCAACUCUCCACACUUUUUGUGUAUUCUCGAGCUGAGGAGGAGAGUCUGGAAUACAGUGGGGGCUCGGUGGAAAAUGGUGAUGCAAUACACAUGGGUGCUAGAGGUAGUGUGGGUGGAGCCCCAAAGCAUGGCAGAGACAGUGUUCCAGAAGCAGUGGCCAUUAAAAAGGAUCACCACCCAGGCAGUGGUGCAGUACCGCUCAAGAGGAGAAUGUUCUUUUUGAUGGUACAUGGUGUUGUGCCUGAAGAACCGUACACAAUCCUAAAGAUCACACAAGAAAGUACGACUCAGGAAGUGGUUUUACAAGCAUUGCAGAAGGCUGGCCUAGGUGCAGAGAAAGUGCAUGACUACAUUCUAGUGGAGGAGGUGGCACGUAGUUGGGAAAAGAAAGAUAGGGACGUACCUGCUACACAGAGAGUACUGGACCUGCAGGAAAGGCCGCUGCAAGCACAGGCACAAUGGCAAGGCGAGGGUCGCUUUCUGCUCAAGAGGAUGGGGGAUGAUCCCAGCAGCAGGGCUUGGUUGUCUUCUAUCCGAAGCACUGCAGGACGAGAACGCCGCUCCAUGCCUUCCUGUAUGGGAGGUGAUGCUGCAGGUUCCGGAGUACCACCUGACAGCAUGCAUCAAGAGCAGCAGCUCCAUACUUGGGAGGAGGCUGACACUUUCUUAGUGUGUGUGUACAAUGUCUCACCAGAGAUCCCUUAUGCCAUCCUCAAGGUACCUUUGAGUUCAUGUGCACAGGAUGUACUGGCACAGGCACUGGUGAAGGCAAGGCGCAUGGAAGACCCAGCACGAUUUGUACUGCUAGAAGAACUUGAGUGGGGUGGGACAAGUGGCGGUAGUGCUACUCGUCAGCAACGCGUAUUAGGGGAUGAUGAGAAUGUGUACAGUACUCAGGCACAUUGGCAGACUCUGGGCCGGUUCAUACUAAGGGAACGUGACCAGGUAACACCGCCAUCUGGAAGACGUUAUCGUGUAGCAGCAAACUUACGUACAGCCACUCUUGAAAGACUUAGUAAAGGUCUUUCUGCUGGAUAUCGGGCAGGUAUGGGUGGAGGGAACAAGGAAAAGGUUCCAGUGCAGGAAGCAUUAAGUGAUCCUACUACAACCCGUAGCACCAAACCAAAGUUGUCUGCAGGAGGUGAUGGGAUGAGGCUGGGUAGUGCACGAGUGAUUGCUUUAACUGAUAGGGUUAGAUUAGCUAGGGCAUCCGUGCCACAGCAAACUCGAGAAGUACAUUCAGAGGGUGAGACUCUCAGUGAUGACGAAGCAAGGGAUGCAGAUCUCAGGACUACUGUGUCACGACUUAAGAAGGUCUCCCUUCGGAAACUCCGGGUGUGGAAAUCUUGAAGGAUGCUUCGUUGUAGUCUUGAAGAAUUGUAGGAGGCCCAUCACAAAUGACAUAAGGAACCCCAUGAUACAUACCUGGAAUAGGUUAGAACUAUUCUAGCAACAUGUAGAGACCAGUGGUACAGAGACAAGGAGUCAGUCACUCUACAGAUUUUGAUAAUUCAUAUCUCAUAAAAAUUUGAAUAUUUCAUUUUACUUCCCUGCAUAAUUUGUAUGAUCCCACUUGCUACAAACUUAAGAACAUUAAACUGAAUACAAUGCUUUAUGAGUGAGCACACCUGAUAUGACCUUAAUCUGCAAAUACAUUGUUACUAUAGCAACUGACUCCUUGUCCUAUCCACCUGGCUUCUAUUUAUUCUUAGGAGAUUUGUAUGAGUUUUGUUGUUGCCCAAGUCUAGUCAUAAGAAACUUUCUGUGAUACUUUAUGUACUGUGUACAGUUUGCAUCCAAUACCUCUUAUUAUGAGUUGUUGUCUGCAGCCAUAACCCAUACCUCUUUCUACUGCUGUACUUGCAUCUAAGGUAUGGCUUUACUUUUAGUCUUUCAUACUUGUUUCAUCUAACUUAUAUGCUCCUUUCCAAUUACAUGCGAAACAGAUUUUUAAUAUUUUUUUUACAUUUAUUGGAUCCAUUUAUAUAUAUAUGUGCACAGAGUUCUUUAUAUUUAUUGUUGAAAGCUAUGUUGCCCCACUGCUCUUGUGCGUAGUUCAGUGUUGUCAUCCUACUCAGUGUAGUAUUUCUUGAUAUGUCUGGUGAAAUGUGACAACUGACAAUUUUCCGUUUCCCACAUCAUACAGCCUUGUCAUGGGCUCUUAUCUUCUUGCUUCAACGUAACAUUGGAGUGUUACAAUAUACGAAUUUAGGUACCUUGCAAAUUGGCACAUAGCCAGACACCGCAGUGGGCCAGUAAUCAUUAUCAUGGCUUAAAUCUGUGACAGGACAUUGAACGAAGAACCUCAUCAUCUUUGUGUACUUUUAUUUGUGUUUACAAAUGAGACGCCCCUGAUGGACGGUUUCCAACUUUUCUUGUUCGGAUUUAUAGAAAAUUACCAUUUAUAGCAAUUGUCUGUGAUAGAACUUUAUUGGAGCCUGCUUGUUAAUAACAUUUUGCACCUUUCAUACGUCAGUGCCACAGAUGUAUCGUCAUUAUGCAACUAGUGGCACAUUUCAGUCAGUGAAGUGUAAUGACGAACAUAUUUCUAAUAUUGUUGUCCAGUAUCAUUGUUACACUUUAGUUACCUUGGAAUUUAAUUUAAAAUACAGUUCUUGUAAAAUGUAGUACAACUUCCCUUCCUGAAAUAAUGAUUAUCUUGUCAGGUAGCGUUUUGAAAUCUAUUGUUUUAUCUGUAACAGCAGUGAAAUAUAGGUACAUACAUAACAAAUUAUUUUAAUGCCUCUUUGGUUGACCUUCCUCAAAGUCAUUUCUUAACCAGAGCAGAUAUUACGCAUUUUUGGAUCUCAAUCUAGGAUAUCGAUUGCUGAGACAGAGUCGUCGUCAUGUGAGAAAUAUAAAAACAAACUUUCUUAAAAAUUAAGGUGUGUUGAAAAAUUUCUAAACAAUAUAUGCAUUCUAACCUGUCUGUGAGUUUUAGUUAUUCUUGAGUCACGGCACUGUGACCCACUAUAGAUCUGAUGCUGAUCUGUCCCGUGAUUUUCCACUCUUUUCUUUGAUAUCCGCAUAUUAAGGUAAAGAAAUAAUACACGCCCAAACCAUUUGAAGUCCUUCAGUUGGUAUGACAUCUAUGCCAUAAGAAAUUACUUGUGUGAAAGUAAUUUUUUCAGCCACUGUUAGUACCAAAAAUUAUUGUAUUUCCAUUGUAGGCUUUAGUAUCUACUUUCAAUGUCUACUAGAUAUGUUUUUAGCGAUUUAAUGGAAUUUGUGUUACAUAAUUGGCAUUGCAUCUGUGGUAAUGCAGAAAGUAUUCUUCUGACCAAAUUAUAAUUAUCAAAAGUAUUAGAGAUAGGAAGGCAAGCAUCAUACAUUGUAUAUAAGUAUGUAUGCAUAUACUUACAGGUUCUGUUGUUGAUCAGAGAUGAAUUUAAUUUAAUACCUUUUGAAGUAGUCCAUUUAAGAUCAUCUGAUAUUUUGGAGGAACAUAUCAACACCAAAGAAUAAGCCAGGCAAGAAACCUGCACGAGGCAAGAAGCAGAGCUUGUUGCCUGCUUGGAGGAGGCGACAUGUUCCUCUGAAAUGUCGGUUGAUUUUCAGAUAACUACGUUGCGUUAUGCCCCAGAAUAUAGAACUCUUCAUAACCAACGCUGUCAGAGACUCAAAUCAUAUGUAAAUUUAAUAGAUCUUAAAAUGACUACAUAUAGCUUUAAAAUUACAUAUAUUUUUAUAGUGUAAAUAUUCCCCUUUUAGUAUGAAAUCCUGCUGGUUGGGAACCGCCUCAUUCAUUUAUUUAAACCUAUACAGGUGGUGUGCCAUAGCUUACAGCCACACACACACGUGGCAUGCUUGCAGCUAUAUAUUUACAAAGUUGAGUGUCAAAUACUAGAACAACAGACAUUUUAUUUGAUCUGUAAAGACCAGACUCAUAAUGUACAUCUGGGAAGAUACUGUUUCAUCCAUUGUUGAUAUCUAUAUGCACAAAGAUAACACACAAGGAUGUAUUUCAACAUAUUGGGCAUGUCUGUCAUUGCAUUUGUUUUGUUCAAUGAUGAAGCACAAAAUGGAGGUGAGUGCUCAAGUAACAUUAAUGGUUAUUAUUAGGGUAACAGUGAGGUUCUUGAGAAGGGGCCAUGUUGUUAUCUGCUGUACUGUAGUAUGCAUUGGGUGGCUGUGAAACUAUGUUACACUUAUCAGGGGGUAGGUUUCUAUUUAUUUGGCGUCCAAAGCACAAAAGUUGUAGAGCACAGUGUUAUACAUUAGCUAGGUUUUGAAGUGUUAUCAUAAUCUUAUUCUAUCACCAAUAAUCACUGUGUACAGGCUGUCUAAUAAAGUUGGAAUAUAUCCUUCUGCAAAAAAAAAAAAAAAGGAAUUGUUAACCCCCGCAGAUAAAGUCGAGUGCAGUGAUUAUACAAUAAACUGAUCAUUCUUUUGUUAGCCUAAGUUAUGACAGUUUGCAUAAUUUUGAAAAGACAUUACUGUAAGAAUAAAACUCCAUCAUCUGCAACAUAAAUAUGCCAACAAGAUAAGCAUAGCUGUGCUUCAUAUACUGUAUAACCAGCAUGCCCAGUCUUUGCCAGUCAUUGAAACUUACAUCUUGCAGAAAGUCUCAGACUCCAAACCUCAGACUGUAAUGUAUAUAUACUGCACAGUCUGUAAUGGAAUUUGGAAGCUGAUAUAACCCAACUUAUCCUGGGUCAGUGUUUCUUAUGCAGCUUUAAGUAUCUGCAAAAGUCAGAUACUCCUCCAACCCGGUUACAUUUCAGAAUUUAGUUCAGUUAUAUUUAUAAUAACGGAUGAUCCAAAUAUUCUUAUCGCUAAGUAUGACUUGGCAUUCUGAAUGUCUGUGUGCAAAUACUAAAGUUACUGCAGCAUUUGUCGCACUGUGAUAAUGAGAUCAGUCUCAUACAUGUGUAGAAAUGGAAACAAGUAUUUUCAUAGCAUAUGUGUUAUUUUAUAUUCUAAUUUUGGGCUGUUAGUGUAAUUUAUUAACGAAAAUACUAUUAUGCGUUAGUGACUAGACACGGCAUUUGGAUUGGUAAUUGGAUUUACUGAACACUUAUAACUCGUAACUAUAACAGUUUCACGGAUCUGCAUACUCUACAUAUCACUGUCCUGCAGCACACAUGAAGUCUUCUGUGGCUUCAGUCAUUACCUGGUAACGGCUUGUAACAAUGUAAAUUCCUCUACUUCCAUACUCAUGUUCUUACCAAAUGGUGACUGUCUCGCAACUGUCCCUUGAUGUCAGCUGUCUAGCAUGGCCAGCUAAAUUGCUGAUGGCUCUCGCCAGCACAAUUAUUCUUACUUCCUAGUCCCAUGGGACUCAUGACCAUAUGUUACUGCACUGAUUGCUGUCAGAGUUAAAGUUAUGUUACGACAAACAGUCAAAUUCCAGUCUGUCUUGGUGUCAGGAAGUAUGUGUGGCGCUCUCUCUGAUGAGAGGACAGGUAUGUCGUUUAUAAUUGGUGCUGGCCCACGUCAGUGCAGUCAUUCUUGGGUCCGAGUCACACGGGACUCAUGCCCAUAUUUUACUGUCUCAGAUUCGAGACUCCCCC